CAGCCAACAGCCAGUUAGUUCCUACUUUGUCUUAUCGAAAGACUGAUUGUUUGUAGUCUGUUUUUUCAUGGUUUGUGUGAUAUAAGAUCAAGCUUCCAUUAAUUUGAUCUAAUUUCUCCAAAGCACACAAUUUUUCAGCAGAAUAGGCAGUCAAAUUGAAGAGGAAAAGGAACUUAUAUUCAUGUCGCAAGAAAGAUAAUUGACAUAAUCUGAUAUUUAAGUACAUUAAACGAAUAGGCAAUCAAUUUGUAGAGGAAAAGGAACUCAUAUUCACGUCGCAAGAAAGAUAAUUGACAAUCUGCUAUUUAAAUACAUAAAUAACAGCUAAAAAGACAGAGUUUUUACUGCCUAUACUAACGGUACUACACAAUGAAAAAUAGGCAGUCGAUUUGAAGAGGAAAAGGAACUUUUAUUCAUGUUGCAAGAAAGAUAAUUGACAUAAUCUGCUAUUUAAAUACAUUAAACGGCAGCUAAAAAAAGUUGUUACUACAAUAAAAGUACUACACAAUGAAAAAUAGGCAGUCGAUUUGAAGAGGAAAAGGAACUUUUAUUCAUGUUGCAAGAAAGAUAAUUGACAUAAUCUGCUAUUUAAAUACAUUAAACGGCAGCUAAAAAAAGUUGUUACUACAAUAAAAGUACUACACAAUGAAAGUAAGUUCACUAUGUAAAACUUAAAAUUCAAUUUAUACAUAACUUUUACAUGGCUGAUGCAAUAUUAUUAGAAAACUACAUGAAAUAUAGAAGCAAAGUUUUCUUAAAUAAGCUAAUUUAACUUGAUGGUACAUCAAAGUCAAGACAAAAAAGCAAAUUGCCUCGAGUAGGCUAUGUUGUUUGAUAAUUAUAAUACAAAUAAUAUUUGAACAAGGGUUGAUGAAAUGUUAUUGAUACAUAUAUAUAAUAACUGUUCAACAUUUAACAAAUCCUACAAAACAAGGCAUAUAUUUAGAUAAAAAUGCAAAGCCAAUCGACAAACUCCAAUCAGUUACUAGCUUGUCAGAAAUCAGAAUAAAAAAAAAUGUUUAAUAUCACUAAAAAUCUUACAAAUAAGUGUCCAAUAUGUAGAAAAAUGUUUUCAACUAUAUCAUCAAUGAAGUGUCAUAUAUACUUACACACGGGCGAGCGUCCCUUUAGAUGUUUGACUUGUGAUAAAACAUUUAUUCAGCUACAUCAAGUGAAGUGUCAUUUGUUGACACAUUCUGGGAAGUGUCCUUAUAAGUGCACAAUAUGUGGAAAAUCUUUCCAAACUAACAGCUAUAUGAAGACUCAUCAUACAACAGUUCACAUUGGAAAGCGACCUCAUAAGUGCACUUUAUGUGGAAAAUCUUUCCAAACCGGCAGCCACAUGAAGAAUCAUACAUUGGUUCACAUGGGAGAGCGACCUCAUAAGUGUACUAUAUGUGGAAAAUCCUUUAAAAGCAAAAUAUAUAUGAAGCGACAUACAUUGGUUCACACUAAAGAAAGACCUUAUAAGUGCACUAUAUGUGGAAAAUCCUUCAAAACCAAGAAUGAAAUGAAGCUUCAUACAUUGGUUCACAUGGGAGAGCGACCUCAUAAGUGUACUAUAUGUGGAAAAUCCUUCAAAACCAGCAGCAGUAUGAAGAACCAUCAUACAAUGGUUCACAUGGGAGAGCGACCUUAUAAGUGUAAUGUAUGUGGAAAAUCUUUCCAAACCAACAGCUAUUUGAAGAUUCAUCGUACAACGGUUCACAUGGGAGAGCGACCUCAUAAGUGCACUAUAUGUGGAAAAUCCUUCAAAACCAGCAGCAUUAUGAAGAAUCAUAUAUUGGUUCACACGGGAGAGCGACCUCAUAAGUGCACUAUAUGUGGAAAAUCUUUCCAAACCAGCAGACACAUGAAGAAUCAUACAUUAGUUCACAUGGGAGAGCAACCUCAUAAGUGUACUAUAUGUGGAAAAUCCUUUAAAAGCAAAAUAUAUAUGAAGCGACAUACAUUGGUUCACACUAAAGAAAGACCUUAUAAGUGCACAAUAUGUGGAAAAUCCUUCAAAACCAAGAAUAAAAUGAAGCUUCAUACAUUGGUUCACAUGGGAGAGCGAUGUCAUAAGUGCACUAUAUGUGGAAAAUCCUUCAAAACCAGCAGCAGUAUGAAGAAUCAUAUUAUAUUGGUUCACACAGGAGAGCGACCUUAUAAGUGUAAUAUAUGUGGAAAAUCUUUCCAAACCAACGGCUAUAUGAAGAUUCAUCAUACAUUGGUUCACAGAAGAGCAAUGUACGUGAUUGGUGGUCCUGAACCUGUAACCCUGACUGACAAAGUGAGAAAAAAUCUUAUUCCUCUAUAG